AUGAGUGAACUUGUCGACAAGAGUUCGGUCAUGAGCCUCAUUCCCAUCUACAAACUUUCCCCUGGAGGUACUUGGUUUAAAGGACGGUGUCUUCUCAUUGGCGAUGCCGCUCAUGCUAUGCAGCCUCAUGCAGGUCAAGGUAUCUCUAUGGCCCUAGAGGAUGGCUUUCUACUCGCUCGUCUGCUAAAGGAUACGUCACGUUCUCUGAAUGACGUGUACGAGAGGUUUGAUCAGAUCAGAAGACCUCGAGUAGACGAGAUUUAUUGGCUUGCUGCACGUAAUAUGCAAAUCAGAAAGAGAACUGGACUUUGGGGCUUGUGGUUCAAAGAGCUCGGGAUCUGGGCGUACUUUAAGACCACUCGCAUUCUUGGAUUAAGCAAGAAGGUUUCGACACACAAGCAUUUGAUUUACGAUAUUGGCGAUGAGGAAUUUUGAGUUACUUAAGGACCUUUAUGUAUUUAGGAUUAGACUCUUAUCAACAAGAAUAAGCUAGAAGCCGGAGAUUCUCAAAAAAUGUUAGAAACCAUAUAACACCACCUCAUUGCAUGCUGGAG